AUGUCUGUUGUUCGACAACAACAUGAUAAUGAUCUGCAUCAACAACAACAACAGCAGAUUCAACAACAACAACAACAACAACAACAUCAUGACAAUCAAUCAACAUUGAGGAGUGUUGCUUCAAGUCAAUCAUCACCAUCACCAUCAACAACACCUCCAUUGACAUUGGGAUCCGCAACAGUCGCAGCAACAGCAGCAGCAACAGUGGACUUAACAACAAUGCCUCACAUACAGUCACAACAACGCAUGAAGAGAGAGUCGAUACGAAUCACAUGGGAUGACUUGGAUCUAAAGAAGUACUAUGGUUAUAAUAUGAUGUUUGGCGCUACGAUCGAUGCAAUAAUGUAUCCUCUCGAUAUGAUGAGGACACGUAUGCAGGUGCAAGGCUCCUCCAUCGUCAACCAGACAUUCCCCGUCUACAACAGUACAUUCCAUGGCAUUAAGAACAUCUAUAGUAACGAGGGCAUACGUGGCUUCUACAAAGGAUUCUUCACAUCUGAGUUUGGUUACCUCUUCUCACGAGUGAUCUACUUUGGUUGCUACGAGAAGUCCAAGCAAUACCUCGCUCAGAAUGACUUUGGUCCUGCAUCAGCUUACAUAGCAGGAGGUCUGGCGGAACUAUCUGGAUCGGCUAUCUCUGUGCCAUUCGAUGUCACGACACAGAAGUGCCAGAUACAGGGACAUCUGGGCAAGACAUUGACCCCAUUCGAGAUAUUCAGACAAACGUAUAAUGACAGAGGUGUUAGAGGAUUGUAUCGAGGCUUUGGCAUCACGAUCAUGCGUAACGUGCCCUACUCGGCGGUGUGGUGGGGCGUCUACGAGACGACAAAAAUCAAGUUGGCCAAGCUGGACAUUCGAUCACGCCUCGGACUGCCGCCGCGUGUCACCCACGGAUUGCUCGUGUCGGACGAUGAGGAGCAGGACGGGCAUCACGUGGAAAAUGAAGACCCGUUCAUUCACAUGCUGGCAGGUUUGACAGCAGCCAUCAUCACCACCACUCUAUCCAAUCCGCUGGACGUCAUCAAAACACGUCUACAGACCAGUCCGGCACAUUAUCAAUUUGGAGGCAGCAGCACCAGUAGCAAUGGCAGCAAUAUCAGUGGAGCAGGCCCACUGCGGUCUUUAGUCAAUCGAUCACACUUCCUCACAGUAUUCUUUGAUACGAUUCAGAAGGAGGGUGCUUGGGCACUUUGGAAAGGCUUGACGCCAGCCCUUAUGACCUCUGCACCAUACGCCAUGUUCUCUAUCCUUGUAUACGAGCAUGUUAAGAAGCUAUCACUCAAAUAG